AUGGCCGCCUUUGAGAACCAGUCGAUCGCUUCUACGCCAGCACCCACUCCUCCACCUCCCAGACCGGCAUCUCAGCACCAACAACAGCAAGCCUUAUCGGCACAGCAACAGAUGGUAUAUAGCAUGAAUGGAACAGCCUCCAUGUCGAAUGGAGGUAUGAUGGCACCACCCAAUAACUAUGGUGGUUAUGCGGAGGCAAAUGCGUUUGCACAACCCGACUAUUAUGCCAACGGCCUCAAGCCACAAAUAUACACCGCUGUCUACUCCAACGUAUCUGUUUUCGAAAUGGAGGUCAACGGUGUAGCAGUCAUGCGACGCCGAGUCGACUCUUGGCUGAACGCGACCCAGAUCCUCAAGGUAGCCGGAGUCGACAAGGGCAAGAGAACAAAAGUGCUGGAGAAGGAAAUCACCGGCGAACAUGAAAAAGUCCAAGGUGGGUACGGAAAAUACCAAGGCACUUGGGUCAACUACCAGCGCGGUCGAGAGUUUUGCAGACAAUACGGUGUCGAGCAACUGCUCCUACCGCUGUUGGAGUACGACAUCAACUCGGACGGUAUGUCGGGUGUCUCUCGAGGCAUCGAGACCCCAACGAAGGAGCAGGCCAUGGCAGCCCAGAGAAAGAGAAUGUAUGGUGGUGAUGGCCGACUAGCUGGGCAACCGACCGGAGGCACCUUUUUCAAAAGUAUGUCCAGCACUGCGGCAAAUGCUAUUCAUGCCCUCAAUAGAACGAGGCUCGACUCGCCAAAUAUGGACGGUCGACGCUCCAUCGGCCCCAGAAAACAAUCUCAAUCAUUUGGGUACGGUCAGGAGGCUGUGUACGCAAGCCAGCAGAGUAUGCCCAGCAUGACAAGUCAAGACAGCUUCGGCACAAAUGGUGGGAUCAUAAGUCAAGGGGCGAGCUUUGUGGAUUUCCCUCCCACAGAUUCGCAAGAGCCCCCGCGCAAACGCAUUCGACCUUCGCCGCAGUCGUCGUUCCUUUAUGAUGGUGCAAUAGACCUCAGCAUGCAGGACAGCGUUCCUACAGAGCCGAACGUCUCAUUUUUUUCUCAAUCUGGUGAGGCUUUUAUGUCUGCAGACCCGCUGCCGUAUGGACUGGAACCACUUCCUCACCCGUCCGGACCCUUGGAAGAGCAAAAGAAAGAACUUUUAAUGGAUCUCUUCAUCGACCCUUCACGGACAGACUUUGACGACCAUCCGGCUUUUCUGCGCUUGAGUGGCGAUGAGUAUGAAAUGCCUAUUGAUGGCUCGUCUAACACUGCUUUACACUGGGCGGCCACGUUGGGUCGAAUCGCCCUCGUUCGAAAGUUGCUCGAGAAGGGGUUCAACAUGAGGCGAGCAAACAGUGGUGGCGAAACAGCACUGAUCGCCGCAUGUCAGGCAAGAAAUAAUCUCGAUCAGAAUUCCUUCCCUGCUCUCUUGGAGCUUCUUGGUCCCAGCAUCGAGGUUAGAGACGGACGUGGGCGAACAAUGCUCCACCAUAUCGCCGUCGCCUCUGCGAUAAAGGGUAGGGCUGCCGUCGGAAAGUACUACCUCGAGUCUCUGCUCGAGUAUGUGAUUCGACAAGGGACUUCAUCAGGAUCAAGCACGCAGUUCGAUUCCAUGGGCGGGCUCAACAAUCUGAACCAGACAAAUCCUAUGACACUGGCGAGGUUCAUGUCGGAGAUAGUCAACGCUCAAGAUAAAACAGGAGACACCGCUUUGAACUUGGCCGCAAGAACAAGCACGACUACCAUCAUUGAUCAACUGGUCGAGGUCGGUGCAGAUCCGCACAUCAGCAACCGCGGCGGCUUGUCUCCGGCAGAUUUCGGGGUGGGCGGCGGACCGGUCAACAAUCGCAUGUUCGACCAAACUUUUGCAGCAUUCGAUCAGCCUUCAAUGGCGAACGGAUCGUCACAGAAGUCCUUUGCAGAGGCUCAAGAAGGAUUCAUGGCCUCAAUCCGAGAAGUCCUGUCUCAAUCCGAGGCCGACUUUACCGCUGAGAUGAAGGAAAAGAAGGAAAUCCUGGACAAGACCAACGCAGCAUUGAAGGAGUCUGGUAGUUCGCUGGCAGAGGAACGGCGGCGACUAGAAGAGAAUCGUGCCAAAGUCCGAGAAAAGGACGAGUUAGAGCAGAAAAUCAGCAAUUUACGUCGAGCGGCGGCAAAACUUCGCGCCGAGUUGAGCGAAGCAAACCCUCUCAACACGAUACAAGACAACGUCACGGUCGGAGAAGCCGACAGAGGCCUUGACCUCGAGGGACAACUGCCGUUGGUGGCGCAGUUCUUCCCUGAUGGCGAGGUAGAUGCCGGCCUCAUGGCAUUGAACCAGGAGCAACUCAACCUCUUGGGAAGUCUGGAACGAGCGGAGGUGGUGUCUGGGCGUGUCCAGGUGUAUCAGCGACACAACCAACAACUGGAGCAGAUGGCCAAGGUACUCAAAGCGCACAGUGUGGAGCUGGAAGCGCGGUACAAGAAGAUUGUGAGCCUGUGUACAGGCGCUGAUGAAGACAAGGUUGAUAGCUUGCUGGACGGUCUCGUGCAAGCGGUCAUCAGUGAACAGAAGGAGAUGAGCAACAACUCGCAGCUAGGACGAGUUCGGGACUUUUUGAGGAUGGUCCAAGGGUCCGGGAACUAG